AUGUUUCGAGACUCGAGAGGGGGAGGCCGUGGGGGCAGUGAGGUUGUUUUUGAGGUGCCUCAAAAGCAACACAUUCACUCCUUGUCCCCGCUUCUUGCCCCGCUGCUUAACCCCCCUUGCCCCUCCCCUUGUCCCCUCCACUUGUCCCUCCCCUUGUCCCCUCCUCUUGUCCCUCCCCUUGUCCCCUCCUCUUGUCCCUCCCCUUGUCCCCUCCUCUUGUCCCUCCCCUUGUCCCCUCCUCUUGCCCUUCCCCUUGUCCCCUCCUCUUGCCCCUCCCCUUGUCCCCUCCUCUUGCCCCUCCCCUUGUCCCCUCCCCAUGUCCCUUCCAUUGCAGACAACCCCGACAUUGCUAGGGUGGAGAGGCGGUGUAGGUACACUGAGUCAUGUGCUGGUAGUGCUUCUUGUGGUGCUGUUGCUUCAAUGGCUGGGUGGGUGGAUACGGUGGUGUGGUGGUGGAGACAGGCGGCAGGCGGCUUCAGAUGA